AUGAACUAUAUAUUAAAAAAUAACAAAUAUCAUAAAAACAGAUAUAUAAUUUUAAAACUAAUUGUACGCAGCAUAACACUAAAUAUACCACCAGGAGUACGUAAACGACACUGUGGUGUCCGUUCUACUCAGUGUCUCUACUAUAUAUCUGCAUUUCUUGCUUUAUCACCACUUGCCAUACUAAUAGUAUACGUAACACUAAUUUAUAAUCGCCGUGAAGCAGAGCUGCUCCUUAUGUAUGCAGGACAAGUUGUUUGUGAUUUUCUUAAUACUCAACUUAAACACAUUUUUCAACAAGCACGACCAAGCGCAAUAAUCAGUGAUUAUGGCAUGCCGAGUAAUCAUGCACAAUUUAUUUCAUAUUUUGCAGGUUAUUUGUUAUUAUGGUGUUUUUUUCGAGCACAAAACCUACCCCAACAUAUUUGUAUAAGAAAUAUGGUGAUUCUUAUAGUAUCUGUAAUUUCUGUAUGUUUUAGCAGAGUUUAUCUUCACUUUCAUACAGUAUGGCAAGUUAUUGUUGGUUUUUUUGUUGGCGCAGUUUUCUCUGUUUUUUGGUUUUUUUUCAUUUCACUUUUGCGUAAGAUUGGUUUAAUUGAUGUGGUAUUGCGUUCCUGGCCUAAUAAUUAUUUAUACAUUAAAGACACAAUGAACAAGGAACAUAACACAAUUAAAAAAGAAUGGGAAACCUGGACCAAAUCUAAUUUUUAUAAACAAAAAUGA